AUGGCAUUUUUAGUCACACCAAAAUUUAUUAAAAAUGUUUUUCAACUUCGCAAACAAAUAAAAGACACCUUAGUAAUAAAAAUUCGAAUCACGAAUGACACGAUUAUGUGUUAUGAUCAUGAAGGUGAGCCUGUUUCCUUAAUACUAUCCGAGGAUCUUACCACCAUUCCAUUAGAACAAGUCCGAAUGUCAUUGUAUUUAGAUGAUUUAAAAAGAACUGAUAUCUCUACCAGGAACAAGAUGCAUCAAAAUCGUCUUGACCAGGUCUCUCUUCUUCAAUAUUAUUAUCUUUUGGGGGAAUGGUUGGAAGCUCAGUUUUGGAGUUCAGCUGCCAAAAAGAUUAUCCAAAUCAAUUUUUCUACCAGUGCUUAUCGUUAUACAUGGAAGGCAGCUUUACGCGUAUAUCAAUUGUAUCAUGCCCGGGGCACUCAUAACCUUCUUACUGUUCAAAAUAUUACUGCCAAUGCUUUAUUACGAUUGUCAGAAGAAAAUUUUAAAACAUUGGUAGAAGAAGCUCGAUUAAUUAGAGCAGCUGAAGUCGAUUAUAUUCUAGAGUUUGCUCAGGAAUAA